GCAGAGGAGAGGGGAUAAGCAGCCAGAGAACAACUACUAAUCCCCCCCCCCACCUACCCACCCACCCACCCCGAGGACGGUCACAUUCACGGCGGGGCUUUUGCAACCCGACAGAAAAUGGACAGGGCAGCGCGAACUGGAUUAAAUGAUCGGGAGUAACGGAGGCGAACAAAAGCGGAAACCUGAGCAGUGUUAUGCCCGUUAAACCCCGUGUGGUCUUCACUUGACUGGAAAUGGGAGCUUUAACGAGCAGACAAAACAUAGGCGUGGAAGAAGUGGACAUCCCGUCCAAUUCGGUGUACCGUUAUCCACCGAAAUCCGGGAGUUACUUCGCCAGCCAUUUCAUCAUGGGGGGAGAGAAGUUUGACUCCACCCAUCCGGAGGGUUACCUGUUUGGGGAAAACACAGACCUUAACUUCCUGGGGACCCGACCUGUGGCGUUCCCGUACGCAGCCCCUCCACCUCAGGAACCAGUUAAGACGUUACGAAGCCUUAUAAACAUUCGUAAGGACACGCUGCGGCUCGUACGGUGCAGCGAAGACCUGAAGCUGCCAGGUGACGAGGCGGCGGGGAAGAACAGGGCCUGCUACAACAUCGAGUUCACCUUCGAUGCUGACACACAGGUGGCCAUAACCAUCUACUACCAGGCCAUGGAGGAGUUUCAUAACGGAGUGCCAGUUUACCUGCCCCAGGACAGCUCUUUGCAGUCUGAGACUGUUCACUUCAAGAGGGGAGUGUGCCAGCAGUUCUGUCUGCCCUCACACACCGUCAACCUCAGCGAGUGGGCUGACGAGGAGCUGCUGUUUGAUAUGGACAAAGAGAUUUUCCCCAUGGUGGUGCAGGCUGUUGUAGACGAGGGGGAAGAACAUAUGGGCCACUCUCACAUACUGCUGGCUACAUUUGAAAAGCACAUGGACGGGAGCUACUGUGUGAAGCCUCUGAAGCAGAAACAAGUGGUGGAUGGAGUGAGUUAUCUACUGCAGGAGAUCUAUGGGAUAGAGAACAAAUAUAACAGCCAAGAAUCAAAGGUUGCCGACGACGAGAUCAGUGACAACAGCGCUGAGUGUGUAGUGUGUUUGUCGGAUGUGCGAGACACGCUCAUCCUGCCGUGCAGACACCUGUGUCUCUGCAACGCCUGCGCAGACACUCUGCGUUACCAGGCCAACUGCUGCCCCAUCUGCAGACUGCCAUUCAGAGCUCUGCUGCAGAUCCGAGCCAUGAGGAAGAAACUCAGUCCUCUGUCACCAACGAGCUUUAACCCCGUCAUCACUUCACAAACCUCUGACUCGGAGGAACACUCGGCGUCGGAGCACAUCCCUCCAGGCUACGAGGUGGUGUCUCUCUUGGAGGCGCUGAACGGUCCCCUUAACACCUCGUCGGUGGCGCCUCCUCCUCUCAACUCUGGUCCCAGCCACGUCUCCGGAGCGCUGCCUCCGUACAGCAGUGAGCCUCACCCGACUCCGGCUCGCUCCCUCUCCCCUCUAGACCACUCCAACUCCAGUCAGGGACUCAAACUCAAGAAGAGCGGUUCAAAGUCACUUUCCCAGAAUUCCUCCGUGCUUCCCGAGGAGGAAGAUGAGAAGUCUUGCAGCGAAUCGGAGGCCUGUCGCCACAAACUUGCUGUGGACCAGCAGGAGAGCGGAGUGACUCCAGACAGUGAGAACCUCACUCUGUCCUCGUCUGGAGCCAUCGACCAGUCGUCCUGCACCGGGACCCCUCUCUCCUCCACCAUCACCUCCCCUGAAGACCCAGUGAGCAGCAGCCUGGUCCAGUCAGUGAUGUCCAUGGCGUCGUCCCACUCGCAGCACUCCCACAUCAGCACUGACACCAUGUCCUCCAUGUCAGGGUCCUACCUGGCCGGGGCCGAAGGCGAGCCCGGGGGGGACGAUGGGGCAGACGUGGAGGGCGAGGAGAACCAGGACGCCCCUAUGGAGAGCCGAGGACCAUCGCAGCAGGACGGGGAGUUUUCCCAGGAGCCAAAGGAACAAAACUACUCAGUGGCUGUAGAAGAGCAGGACUCAGAGGGGAAUGACGUCACUGAAGAGGACUGCUCCUCUCCGUCUAAUGGGAAAGGUGGGCGGAGCAGGUGUCCAGAGUUGGCCAAUAACAAUCAGGGCGUCGCCCUCUGUGACACGCCCUCUUUGGGGUUGGAUAAUGAGCAGGCUCCCGACAGCCGAUUCGCCGGUCUGAUGUACCUCGGGGGCUACAGGCCUGUUUUGGAGCCCCUCCCCCACCACCACACCUCCACCAGCAACAUCAACCUGGAGGAGCAGGGGGCCGAGAACAGGGACGGCCAGAGUCCUAAACAUCCCCGCCGCGGACCACUCAUUGUGUAACACACUCACAAACAAAAAAUGCACGCACACAAAAGAAAAAAACAAACAAACAAACACUUCUCCGUCCAGUUUCAGCUCUUCUUACCCUGCCAUAGUGCUGCAUCGCUGGAUACUGUCCUCACUGAACAGGGAACCCCCCCCCACCCUCCUCCUCCUCCUCCUCCUCCAUCUGUCUGAACAUUUCCUGGACUGAUUGUCGUUGCUGGCGCUGAAAAACGCCUCGCGAGCGGAAAGAGGAGGGAAGAGGAGAACAGAACAGCUUCACCUGUCUGUCGUGUGUGCACUUUUAUCUCACAGGAGUUUCUUUGUUCGUUUUUUUUCUGUGACUUGUUGUGGGAAUGAUUAGCCUUCUGCUACAUUAUUAUUUAUUACCUGGUAGGUGUAACCAAUGAGAGCUGUGUAUUGUGACACCAUCUCUAUUAAAAUACAUGCUGCUCCUUCCCCCCUUUCCUUCCCUCUCCUCUAUUACCAGCCAAACAGUCAGGGGCUACUGUGAUUGGCAAUCGGAUUUAUUACUAAUGUACUACUUCUUCUCUGUUAUGAACUGUAUUUUGAACGAGUGUUUGGACACUAAAUAUAAAAGUCAGCUCACACCGGACUACCUUACCUUAGCAAACUUAAACGUGCUGACUCCUCUCCUCGGAUCAGGGAGCUCCCGUCUCGACUUCGCAUGCAGCUUUUCGACUUUCGCUGACGUUUCUUUCCCUCGCUCAUUCCCGCCAUGACUUUCAAACACCUCUGCUGAAUGUGAAUACAGAAACUGACUUGUGAGGUGGCGGACGAGCCCAAGACGUGGCGGCCAAAAUGAACAGAAAUGGACUGAAAACAAACAAAAAAAAAAAAAGACGUCACACAGAAUGUAGGACGCUGAACACGGAUCUCUUCAGAAGGGGAAUGUACGUGACAUUUAUAUGGUCACCUAAACUGGAAUCUAAACAUGAACUUUGAACCAUAAACUGGUACUCCGAACACACACAUGCUCCACCACGCCAUCCUCUCCUUCUGCAGCUCCAUUCUAGCAUGUCAGUAUUAUCGUAGUACAACUGGAUAUCAACAAGUACCACCAAGCAAUAAAGACGCCGAAGCUCCUUUUCUCCUGCAGGAGGACGCUCAUUUGCAGCCCAAACAAAAAAACUGUGUUUGCACUGGCUUGUUGCAUUCAAAUUCAACUCAUUUUUGUUGUGUUUAAUUAAUAUUUUUUGUUUUAAUUUUGCCGUUGUAAAGGGAUUUAUUGUGAGAAAAACAUCAUACAGUGAAUAUGAGAGAUUUAGGCCACACUGUGGUUAGCUGGCAUUUUGUUCAUCCUCAUAUUCCCCCGUUAUUAUCAUCCCCCCGACAAGCCUUUUUUCUCCUGGUUUGUGAAGCUUUUAGUUGUUUUGUAUAACUUUACUGUAUAGCUCACCUGUUGUUGAUGAUCUCUCCGUUUCUGUGUUUUAAUUUGUUGCAAAACACUGUGUUGUUUGUUAGAAUGUGGAUGAAAAAAAUAUGUGAAACAUUUUGUAAAGGUUUACACACUCGCGCACAGACACGCGCUCACAUAACGAAUAACUGAAAAAGGGACGAUAUCAACAUUUAAUGCACUAUUAGCUGUUUCCUAGACGACACACUUUGCGGUGCAUGAGGCGAUAGUAGAGUAAGCAUGUUAGUCUAGGUCAGCCUGCACCCUCCUGUAGAAUACUUGAUGACGGAUCACUGCGCACACAUAAAGCCGUACCAUAUCCUUCUGCAGUGUUAUAUAACGGUUGCUGGCUCCCUAUUCCCUUGGCCCGAACUGUUAAGGUCAAGAGUACUGCACUACUAUAUCCAAGCUGCAAACAGUCAUGUGAUCUCAGUCCGAAUGUGUAGAUGAAGCCGCUCUCUGGCACCAGCCGCAGUAUGAUAUCAAAGAUAUAUCCCGACCCCACUUUUCUAGAAUUAACGAGUGAAAAUGUCAAAGAAAACAUUAAAACGGACAAUAAAGUUUUUGCAUCUAA